CUGUCAUGUCAAUUGUCAAUAAUUCAAUAUUUAAAAAUGGGAAAGUUUCAUAUUUUCCCCUAUUUUUCCGAUAAUUAAUCCAAUUUUAUUCACCGAUGUUUUAAGGGUUUAAUUACUUUAAAUAAUUAAUAUUCAGGAAUAAAAGUGAAAAUGUAGUACUUUAGUGCAAGUGUAGAAGUCUAAAUAAAAAAAUAGUAGUAGUGUUUGGCUACACCCCAAAUGGAAAAUUGUUUACUCACAAAAUUUCAUCUCUAAGAUAUACUUAAGAAAAACAAAAAUAUGUGCUCUAAUUUCAUUAUUCAUAUGCCCUAUGAUAUUUUGAUUAAUAUUCUAGUUCAUUUAGAACUUCGGGAUAUCCUUAAUUUAAUGCUAACGUGCAAAGCAUUAAAGAAAAUUAUCAUAAACGAAAAUAUUUUAUGGCGAAUAAAAAGUUCUUCUAGAUUUAUUUUGCAAAGGAAUAAAAGUAAAAAAAUCCAGUUAUCAUGGUACAAUCGAUGCAGAGUAUCAUAUAACUGGUGCAAAGGAAUUAGCAAAUGUAAGGAUAUAGUCCAACAUUCGGAGAACUACAUGCCAUGGCUGCAGUUACGCAAUAAUCGAACUUUGUACCUUUCCGUGGGCUCAGAACUGAGAUGUUAUACACUGGAAAAGAAACGUCUUAUGUGGUCAGUGAAUGUACCCACGGUAAAGAGAGAAGACAAACGCACAAAUGAUAUCUCAAGGUUUCUUAUGAAAGAAAAUCUGAUCCUUUGUGGAAGCAGAGAUGGAAGCACAAUAGUGUAUGCAUUGGACUCUGCACAUAGACCUCUUCUGUUGAUGCACAUAAAAGACAGCCACGAGGCUGGACGUGUGGAAGUUUCUGCCGUGGAAAAAAUAAACGACUGCAUCAUCACAGCAUCUGAACGUAGUCCGUGCAUAUGUUUGUGGGAAUGCCGAAGGUUGCCCAACAGUUUCUUUUAUAACAAAGUGCUGAGUAGAAAAGAAUACAGGCUUCCAGAUGAAGUCGGCUGCAGAUGUCUUGCAGUGACGUAUGCACAUAACAAACUGGCUCUUGGUCCCAAUGGAAACACAAGGCCUCUUUUGUUUGACACCCAUACUGGCACCUUCUUAAUGAAAUCAGAGGCGACGCGAACCGCUAGAGACGUGGUGCGCGACGUCCAGUGGCACGACGCGAACAGAGUGGCGUAUGUGACUCACUCGGGGAGACUCGAGAUGAUUGACAUUAGGAGCUCGGAGGUGGUGUAUGAAUCGAAGGACCCGUUCCAGUCGUCUCUGUAUUGCCUCAAGACAGACGCGAACCGUGCUGUGCUGUGCGGCGCUUCCGAGUAUUCGCGUUGCGUGCUCUUCGACGAGCGUUCUACGCGACACGUUCAGAUGUAUUUCACCCAGAAAAGGGCGUCUCCAGUGUACAGCCUGGAUUUUGAUUCAACUAAACUGAUAGCGGCCGCAGAUCGUGGAGUGGCCACUUUGAACUUCAACGUGAGCGCGGCGAUGACUCCAGCUAAUGAUUACUCUUACGUAUUUGAACAUAUAAAUAGAUAAAUGUAUUGUAUUAUCAACUAAUUUAAUCUUCUAUAAUUAUAUUAUAAUAUAAAUGUCUAAGUUACCGUGA